AUGGGUUUCUUUGACCACGCCGAGGAGUCUCACCGCCAGGUGUACGAGCAGGGCGAGGAGUACCACCACGAGGCGAAGUUCUCGCACGAGGCUAUCGCCGGUGCCGCUUCGUUCGCUGGCAUGAAGGCCUGGGAGGACCACCAGCGCAAGUUGGGCAAGCCUGUGAAGCACGCCCUUGCCAAGGAGCUUCUCGUGGGCUUCAUCGGUGCCGAGGUCGACAAGCUUGCCGAGACCAAGGGUAUGGACGCUAUUGAUCGCGAGAAGGCCAAGCAUGAGGGCCAGAAGCACGCCGAGGCUAUGUACGAUGAGCACUACGGCCGGCACGGUGGUGAUGAGUGGCACCCCCACUACGAGCCCCCCCAGCACUUUGAGCGCCGUGAGCGCUUCGAGCGCCAGUGGUAA